AUGUCGUUGAAAGGUCGAUCGCAACUAGCCGUUAAUGCAUCGGCACUGGAUUUAGCGUAUGAUGAGGCGGAAGCAUAUAUAAGAAAUGCACAGGAGCAGCUUUCGCGCAGCUUUCACGAGCUUGUCUGCAUCGACUACUCAUCGCCCGCUAUAAAUCCAAGCGCAUUGCCGUUGCAAAGGCGAAAGUCUGCACACGAACUGAGCAGCUCGAAACAACGAGCAAGGCUUCCCGAUCCCGGAAAAGCCGACGAGCCACCCAGGCGAAAACGAUUCACGCGAAAAAGCCGUAAACUCUCUUUAGUUGAGCGGCCACAAAUUGUACAAUUUGGCGACGGGUCAAGCUCCGACGAAGAACUGUCUGAUCGUACUCUCCAACAGAACGUCGGAUUAUCCCGGUCGACUGAUGCGCUAAGCCUGCGCCCUAUUCACCCAUUUGACGAGCGCUCACCACAAAGUAGAGCGCAAUUGCCCAGGGGUCCUGCUGCCAGACGGGCCAAUCGAAGACAAGCUCAAAGGGCGGCCAGUAAAGAAGCCCCGAUCAACAACCUGUAUGCAAAUCGAAGUAUGAGCGUUCGAGAUCUCAAUGGACUCGAUCUUGAUUUUAAUAGCCAAGAAAACGUAACGAGAUGGGCCUCUCAAAUAUUGGCUGAGCUCGAUUCCCUUCCAUCAAGUCGACUUGAUCUAACGGACGCUGGUCGUGAAGACUCCAAGAAAAGACUGUAUGAGGAUAAUUUGAGUCCUUUGUCCUCUUCUGUAACGCGAUCACCGGCCGCAACGCCCCCUGUCAAAAGGCAUACUGUAUUUCUAUCUGGAGAUGAAUUCCAUGAUCGCGUUCUGAACAACAACCGCGGGCUCUCAGCGUCGGAGAUGCAUCUACCGACAGUACCAAAUCCAUUCCUUCAAAGCUCGAUGAGCCGUCUCUCAAUGUCGUUGCUGGCUCAACAAACACAUGAUUCUUCCAACGAUUGUACUCCACGUGCAACACCGUGCCAUCGUUCCUUAGAGACCAUUUGUUCUGAAGAUCGGUCUCGCAGCGAAACCGUGGAAACGUUGAAAGCCGAGCCAAUGCUGCCAGCCGGAUCAGAUCAACCCCCAAAAAUGAGCGAACGGAACAACAACCAAGGACGGUCGCAACUCCAGCCUACGAUACCUAUCCGAUCAUAUGGUUUAUCUCCCCUCAGAAAUUCAAAAGGUCAAGACGGUCCGUUCCCCUACGAGACAAGCCCAUCAGCACGUGGCAAAAACAGUCUCCGAUCGCCGAUCGAAGAAAAAAUUGCACGCCGCCGUAAUCCAGAGCUCGUGCUCGCACAGAAGAAAGAGGCAGCUAUGGCACCGAGCAAGAAUGCUGAUGGGUCGGCUGUCACUUAUCCAAGUAUUCCGAAUAUGAUUGCCGAUUGGGAGCACAAAAGCCGUGGCGAGCGGACGAAUCGGAAUGAUCCGGGGGUACGACAAUACAAGCUCGCUGCGGCAGAUGCUCGUCUGCAAAAUUCGAUCAGCGAGCUCUCUAGAAGAAUGAACACCAAAUUGAAAGGAAAGCAAUGCGAUGUGACGGGGACUUCGGUGCAGUCGUCGGCAACAGAAAUGGCCGGAGGGCAUGGGGAGAAGGACCUAUUGGAAAGAUGGAAGAAGGAGGCCGAAUGUCGGUUCCGCAAUUCGACCGUGGUGCCCGAUCGGACGGUGAAUCAUGUGAUAUCGUCGUUGAUUGAAGCUGCUGAAUCAAGCCGCAAUGACACGCUGGAACGUCCACCGGAGUUGAGCGGAGCGGAGAAUGGAGCUCAAGUGGCUCAGGAUGUAUCAACACAGACGUCCCCAUUUUCUCUCUCACGUUCUUCAUCGUUCGACUGGAUAAGCAGCCCAAACGAGACCCCUACAAACCGAUUCCCACCUCCAAAAACAACCCCAACUGCUCCACCUCCGACCGCACCGAUUACUGCGCUUCGUACCUACCCGGCG